GUCAAGAGAAUUUACAUGUACAUACAGGGGACAUGAGCUCACGGCCUCUGGCUCAAAUCUGACAGAAAUAUUUCUGUUAUUAUGGCUUAUUCUGAUGCGGAUUGGGCAGAAUGUCCAGACAAUUCUCGUUCCACUACUGGUUGAGCGAUCUAAAAAGCAGCCCACUGUGUCAAAAUCUUCCACUGAAGCAGAAUACAGGGCAAUCACUUAUACUGUUCAGGACACACUUUUUAUCAGGUCACUAUUAGCUGGCAUGGGAAUCUAUAUUUCGGCUUCAGUGCAACUUCAUUGUGACAACGUCUCUCCCUCAUACUUAGCUAUUAAUCCUAUUCAGCAUGAUCGGAGCAAGCACAUCAAAAUCGAUUAUCAUUUUGUUCGUGAAAGGAUGGCUCAUGGGGAUCUUGUCGUAAAGUAUAUUCCUACCCAGUUGCAGUUAGCUGACAUUUUUUCAAAAAAAUUAUCUAGUCAGCGUUUUGAUUUUUUACGUUCCAAUCUGCGUGUUGUAUCCC